UGCACUAGUUUUGAAGUGGAAGUAAACUCGUUGAAAUGACAGAAAUAACGAAAGGUCGAAAUAUCUAUUCGAUCUAACCUUACAGUUAGCGUCAUAUUAAUAAUGUUUUGUGUGUGUUAUGUAUACUGUACUGAUACUGUCUCUCGAUAAAAUGUCCAUAGACAUAUCAGUGAUGAUAUUUGGCGCGCCGUUGUCGGAAGAACGAGAUUAGACUACAAUUCAUCAUAUGAGAGUGAGUUCACUGUUUUCAGUUUCAGGAUGGUGGACAAUAAAUACAUCUUUCAAAUGUCUGGCAUCAAGAAUCAUUCCCAGAAAAGACAGUUACUCCAGGGCAUCAGAAACCUGGGGGGCCUAUAUAUUGGGGGAUCUGUUUAUAAUGAGUCAACAACUCACCUUAUCGUCCAAAACGCUUUAGCAAGUGAAAAGUUUCUCGCGGCCUGUGCUGGAGGGAAGUGGAUAGUCACUCCAGGGUUUAUUCUGGACAGUGUGAAUCAAAAAGUGUGGCUCCCAGAGGCUUCAUACGAGUUAAACCUAACAGCUCAGACCCCUGAGACACCCAAUCCACUGAAAACAUGGAGAGAAAGGGUGUCUAACGGCAUUGUGUCUGGAGCUUUUCAGGGCUGGGUGGCUCUCAUUGACAUUGAUGAUCCAGCGAGCAGAAGUGUGUUUGUCAGGAUAUUAAAAGCAGGCAGAGCUGUUGUCUUCACAGACUGGCCGACUUCAUGUGCUGUCACUCACGUGUUAACCAAAGAUACAUCCAAAGAUAAAGGCGAGAAGUGCAGAAUCCCUCACUAUAGUGUCAGCUAUGUAGCCAAACGUCUUUUUGGGCAUGUUUGCUCCGAGUUAAACUGGUCCUGUAAUUUGGAGUCGUUCAAUGAAGAAGAGAGCUGUGAAAUGGAUAUCGAGGCUGCUGCAGUCAUCGACAGCUCCAUGGAUGUUACUGAUGACCUUUCACAGAAAGAACUAGAGAACAUGCUCAAAGAAUACAUCAUAACAAUGGAGCAACGACAGAAAAUGCUUUUGACAGUCCCAGAGUUCCACAGCUACUACACCCCCAACCUGCCAGUUCAGAUUCCAGCAGUUGAUUUCAGCAAUGUGCAGAGUUUGGUGGAGUGUACCUUCUUCCCUCAAGCUCUGGAGGAGAUUCUGGGUUCCCUGCAGCCUGGAGUGAUGCCCCCAGCCCUGCUGCUCCAACAGCUAAUGCACCACGCUCUGCAUGGGGAUGCAAAGCCAUUGUACCUCAGCACGUUUAUCACAGUUCUCCACAGUAUCCUGCGCAACAAUCCUACCUGGGGUUCUCCUGGACACACUAAGUACUUUCUUCAGAUCCUCCAGUGUCCUGAGUGUAAGGGCGGCCUCUGGUCACUUCUUGAGACAUCAUUUCGCGUGUGUCUAGCGAGCAAACCCACCUGUCACUCACUGCCCAGCCCAGCAUCCACCGAGUUGUUUCGUCUCCAUUGUAACCUGCAGGAGUUCUUCCUGAGACUCUUCCAGCUGGAGCUUCAUGCUGCUAGCGCAGGGAGGUCACCUGGAAGAAGUCGGGCAUCUGUUCUGUACAGUACCUUCUGGAACAUGUGGGAGAAGUCGACUCUGACCUCCAGGGCGGUUCAGCAGCUCAGCAAGUUGCUGAUCAAGACUGUACUCUGGGCUUUCAACUCCACUCAGGAGUGGAAGCUGGGAAUGUCGGUCACUCUGCAGGAGACUCUGUGUGUAGUGGUGGAGUUCUGGGCUCAGGAACACAGUCCGCUCAACAGCAGUCUGGUGGAAAAAGGCUUUAAAGACCUGGCUGAACAUAUGGCCAUACUGUGCCAAGACCUUCACGGUGACGUGCUGAAGGAACUGAUUCCAGCCCUUCGCUCUGCACGACUCCGGAUGUUCACUGUCGACGCCAUCUAUAGAAACAUCUGCUGCAGCAGGGGCCUGAUCCUCAGCUCUGAACCACUCUGCCUGCUCAAAAUUGUGUCAACCUACCUCAAAGCUCUAGGGAACUUGUGUGAUCGAGGACCAGUCCGAACCCUGAAGGGACCGACUGACAGAUUCGAGAUGAAUCAACCCUCUACCAGUAGUGCCGCCCAUGUGCCAGGCUCCGAAGCUGUGAAAGACUCAGCAGGCAGCUUGGGUUCAGGCAGAGAGACUGUCCCGAGAGGUUACCACAGAGUCAAUGCUGCAGGCGAGACACUCCUUCAUCGUGCCUGCAAGAAGAACCAGGUGGAGAUGUUGCUUUGUAUCCUCAGCGUGCCUGGAACAGACGUCAACAUUAAAGAUCACGCUGGCUGGACUCCCCUUCAUGAAGCCUGUAACCAUGGCAGCACGGAGUGUGUGCAGGCCCUGCUCAAGCACUGCCCGAACCUACAGCUGGGCAGUCAAGUCCAGGGAGUCAGUCCACUUCACGACGCCCUGCUGAACCAACACACCCACAUCGCCAAGAUGCUGCUCCAGAGUGGUGGCUCGCCUCUUCUAAAGUUGCGUGAUAGUGAAGGUCAAACUCCUCUGGACCUGGUUUCUUUGGAGCCUUUACGAGAGGAGCUCCUUCGCUGUGCAGAAGAAGGGGACAAAGCUCUGGCAGCUCCCUGCUUGGAGGUUCGGGAUCUGCCCUUCAUAGAGACCUGCUCAUGGGUGCUCAGCUGCCUGUUCCUCACCUACCUCCAGGAGCAACACGUACCUACCUACCAAACCCCACUUACACCUCUGGACCUCAGUCCCGCUGUAUGCCGCAGGCUGAUCCGUCUCCGUUCAGAUGAGCUAACCUCCACCUGGGGUGAUUCCCGUGCGGUGUCGCUGGCUGAGGAUCUGAGGACUGUGUUGAGUUUGGAGCAGUAUGUGUCACAAGUGAGCCCCGCACUGAGACGCUGUCAUGGAGAUCAAACCAGGCUGUUCAUGCAGCUGCUUGAUGAUCUGCAGGCCGAGGGGGCGGCACUCAUCUCUGGACAAUCUGAUUUUGACAAGUUCUAAAAGAGUCUCUACAGAGGAACCAGAAGAAAUAGAUGUCUAUUUGUAGACCUUUUGUUAAACUACUAGUAAAAUGUGUUUCCUUGGCCAGUGAUUGAGUUCUGAAUGGAUACAAAUAAGAAUUAUUAUCACCCAGACUGCACAGCACACUCGUACUGUAGUAACUGUUCACUUUUUAUGCUUUGUUUUUUUGGUUGUUAUUAUUUAAAUCUGGGGAUUCUGUGCAAAAUAUUUUUGUUAAAAAACUAGAUAUAAUUUCUGAAUGAUAUUUUUACAAUAAACUGGAAAAUGUUGUAUAAAAA